UGACGAAACUAUCUCUAUGCAUCUAUCAGUAGAAAAUGGAAAUCCAGAAGACCAUUUGGCACUCCGUCUUCGAGGGCGACCUUCCCGCCGUCACCGACUUUCUCAAAAACAACGGCGACGUCAACGCCGUCUUCGAAGAUGGCAAAUCUCUCCUCAACAUCGCCGUCUUCAACGAAAAACCGAACCGCCUAGACCUAGUGAAGCUGUUAGUGGAUUACAAAGCAGAUGUCAAUCAGUGCGACGAGGAAAAACGAACCCCUGUUUGUAACGCCGCCGAAAACGGUUACUUCGACAUUGUCAAACAUCUCUUUGACAACAACGCUAACAUCAACUUACCCGACUCAGAAAACGCAACACCUUUACUGGUGGCAGUAGCGGAAAAUCAUCCCAAGAUUGUCGAAUUUUUAGCACAACAUGGGGCCGAUGUCAACCGUGCUGACAACGACGGAACGACGCCGAUUCAUCAAGCCGCAAGCAAUGGCAACUUGGAAAUUGUCAAGAUCCUGGUUGACAAUGGGUGUGAUGUCAAUGUUAAAAACCGUCUGGGGCAACUGGCUGUUCAUAAUGCGGUUUCAAGGGGACACACCGACGUCGUUAAAUAUUUGACGGAACGAACAGAUGUAGACGUAGGUGACAAUAAAGGGUUUACACCACUGCAUUUAGCCGCUUAUACCGGAAACCUAGAUGUCGUCAAGCUUUUCGUGGAAAAGAAUGUCAAUAUUGAGUGUCUUAAUCAAGUAUUGGUGUCUCCGUUGUUCCUCGCGGCUCAAAGCGGACACUUGGAAGUUGUCAAGUUCUUGACAGAACGAGGAGCCAAUGUCAAUUUGGUUGACCAGCGAGGUGACACUCCUAUGAUCGUGGCAGCACUGAACCAACACUUCGACAUCGUCAAACACCUAGUCAAUACCAACGGCGAUGUCAACAUCGUCAAUCAACUCGGAUUGACAACGUUGUUGCACGUGGUGUUUCGAAACAACACACCCAUGGCUAUAUUCUUGAUGGAACAAGGGGCCAGUGUUGAUGGUACCACUAUAAAGAGCACCAUAAUAGAAGGAAACCUCGAACUACUCAACUACAUCGUCGACAAUUUCGCGCAACCAACCGUAGAACACCUAUUCCUAGCAGUGGAACUAGGUUCCAUAGACAUCGUCAAGUACUUACUCAGUACUGGUUUUGAUGUCAACACGCGUGACGAAAAAGGAUUUACCCCACUGUAUGUAGCAUCAAAGGGUGGUUUUUCGUCAAUCGUUGAAGUCCUUCUCGAAAAAGGUGCAGAUGUUAAUUUGGCCAGUCAAGAAGGCUGCGCACCUCUACACGGAGCUGCGAUGAAUGGCCACCUCGAUAUCGUCAAACUCUUGGUCACCAGUGGUGCCGCAGUUGAUACUUUUGACGUCGAUCGAGUGACUCCAUUGCAUACAGCUGCUGGUGUCAAAGAAGAUAGUUGCGCUGUUGUCAAGUACCUAAUUGAAAAAAAGGCGGCUGUGGACGUCACUGACAAUCGGUAUGGCUACACUCCGUUAAUGGCAGCGUUGAAGAAGGGGAAUGUAGAGAGUGCAAAAAUUUUGAUUGACAGUGGUGCUGAUGUCAAGGUUGUGGAUCAAGAAGGUAACAAUCUUCUGCAUUUUGCGGUGGCAACGUGCGAUUUUGACGUGGUGAAGAUUCUAGUGGGGAGAGGGGUUGAUGGGAUGAAGGCCAAUAAGAAGGGACAUACGCCGUUGUGGCUUGCCGAAAUGACGAAGCAGGAUGAUGUGGUUGGUGUUAUUAAAGGGAGUCGGGGAUGUAGGAGAUGUUGUGUAGUAAGUUAAAUAAAGAGUUGUAAGAGUGA